AUGCGGCUGCUUUCGCAUCACUCCAGACAUACAGCAUUUUCCAUGGCCACCAAUUUUGCACGUCCCCUGGUCAUGUCUGGCCCUUCUGGAGUCGGCAAAAGCACUCUUCUGAAGCGUCUCUUUUCCGAGUUUCCCGAUAGAUUCGGCUUCAGUGUUUCCCAUACGACUAGAGCCCCUCGUACUGGCGAGACCAAUGGCAAAGAAUACUUUUUUGUACCUACCCAGGAGUUCAAAGAGCUGAUCGCCGCCAACGCCUUCAUCGAGCAUGCAGAGUUCUCCGGCAACUUCUAUGGUACUAGCUUUGCGACCGUCAACGAGGUUCACGAACAAGGGCGACGUUGCAUUCUCGACAUCGAGGCCCAGGGUGUCCGUCAAAUCAAAGCGUCCACUCUCGAUCCGGUCUAUCUGUUCAUUUCUCCUCCUUCCCUCGCUGCUCUUCGCUCUCGACUCCAAGGUCGGGGCACCGAAACAGAGACAUCCGUCCAGAAGCGUCUUGCUACUGCUCUGAAAGAGAUUGAUUACGCCAAAGAGCCGAAUGUUCACGACCUUGUCAUUGUCAAUGAUGAUCUAGAGAGGGCAUACCAACUGUUCAAGAAAGUCGCACUCGGAGAACAAAUCGCUUCAGACACCCUCCCUCCCCUUGACGAUUAA